AGUUAAAUGAGUUGCACCGCUGCGUAUGCGACUCUGCUGACUUUCCUCUUUGACUUUCGUAUGCGUUCAAUUUGGUGCAGCCUGCGCCACACCAAGGUUCCUUCGCUUGGCCUCACACUCCUUCGGAACUGAUAGCACAGGCUUCUUUCGGCGGUCGCUGCACGCAACUGCAACAGCUAAGGUCAGACGCUUCCAACUUCCCGGAGAAGCACCCUCGCCCGUCCGGAGAUGCCGAAUCGCACGCGUUCGUCGGAGCCGGACGUUAGAGGGUACCGCGCGAGAGUUUGCAGCUUCGCACCGGCGGGGCUGUGGUGCCGCCGCCAAAACGACGCCACUCGGAUCCGCGCCAGACAGGAAUUGUGUGCGCGCGGCUACACUCGACACAACACCAUACGGCAGCGGUUCUCCGUUUCUUCGCAUAUUGUGACUCACGCGAUCGCGCGGGCCUGUUUUGCUGAGUGUGUUUGUGUGCGUGUGUGUUUCGGCGCUGCCGCGGUUGUCUCCGGGAUGGCACCUGCACGACGAGACUUGCUGCUUGCAGCUCGCGUACACUGAAUUAUCUCAUCUGUUGUGGUUCCGGUGAAUGUACCUGUGUUCCGGGCGGGAGCGCCAACACAGAAAGGAGUUCAGCCAGCGAGGACGUCGCAAGAAUGUAGUGACAUUGGCGGAUAGCUGUGGUGCAAAAGGUGCUGUGGACUUCAUGAAGCAACGUGCUAGGACACAAAUACUAUUUUGUGGAACUUUUCCUGCUGUUUUCGACAAAGGAAAGAUGCAGCGACAAAGGGCAAAAGGUUAAGGCUCGAACACACGUCCAAGAAUGUACGAAUUAUCGAUGAAAGAAGCCCUCAAGGACGAGGCCUCGUAAAGCAAUCAUGAAGACGGCCUCUCUCUACGUCGCAUGGUUUACCUGCGCACAUGCAGCGGCGUUGCUCGCACCUGCUGUUUACGGCAUCGAGGUUUAUGGCAGUGAGGAUUCCUGCAACAUCACGUUACCGUGGACGGUGUCGAGGAGUGCGUACGAUGACGUUACGGACUCGAUUUUCGGAACUCUCAUGCAGUGUCCGCGACACCUGCAUGGUUGCUCAGAAGGACUCGUCAGCUGCAGCCCCGCCACCUACACGGCCACGUGUUCCUGCGCGCCAAACUGCCGGGCCUACAGGGACUGCUGCUGGAACGUCGCGUACCGGGAGCCGUCGGUGGCCGAGAUUCCCCAGAGUUCAUGCCUGGAGGUGCAAAUAGGCUCUUCGUGGAAGAAGUUCGUCUACGCGGUCACAGGCUGUCCGCCCGCGUGGCCCGAUGACAACGUCCGAGAGAGAUGCGAGAUGGCAGAAACGUUUAACGACACAUUCUACCUCAUUCCUGCGACAAGCGUGAAGCACGUGACCUACAAGAAUGGCUUUUGCGCUCUCUGCAACGACGACAUCAUCAAUGCAACUUUUUGGAACACAACCACCACAGGAGCUGUGGACCGUGUUCGAGUUGUCCUUCCAGAUGUCGUCGAAAACCAACCGGCACUUCACCUCAGGCCCUGCAACGAAGACGCGCCGUACGACAAUUGCACCCAAGCCGUACCGGAAUGGGUGUCACGCAGGUGCAAGACGUACUACGCGCCAGUACAGGACGCUGAAGACCUGAGUGGCCCAAUAUACCGGAACGUCUACUGCGCCAUAUGCAACGGCGCUAACCUCUCCGCCUUGACAUGCAGUCCGGCUCAGCAUCUAAGCAACGUCAGCGUGGUCAGCCGGAAGACGAACCUUUUACCUCCUGUCGCUGGCCCACCUAACCUGGCUGCGCUGUUCAAACCGGUUCUGAGAACGCCAAACUGUUACGUCGAACACGACGGCCACUGCUACAUUAAGUACGCGCCGACCUUCUACAGUGCAAGAAGGAGGUCGGGCAUCGAAAUUAAGGUCAACGAGACAACGACUUCAUCACCAGAAACGCCCUUGCGUGAGCCGACGGGCCACUACAAACUACACAACUACAUCACCGUCGUAUCCAUGUCACUCUCCAUAUGCUGCCUCAUCAUGAAGAUCAUCGUCUUCUGCGUUUACAAGGAAGCACGCAGUUUCUCGACCAAGUGCACGCUGUGCCUCUCGGUGACGCUUCUCUUUACUCAGCUGUUGUUCUUGGUCACCAGCUGCCAACGUCUUCCCGGCGUAGUCUGCGCGAGCACCGCUGUGCUUAUCCAUUACGGCUUCCUCUGUACUUUUCUCUGGACGACGGUGCUGUCGUUCGACAUCUGGAGAAGUGUUACCGCAGUGAAGCUGUCGUCUAUGCGUGAGAAGACCCUGGCAGCCUACGGCAUGUUUGCUUGGGGCGUGCCUACGAUAGUUGUUCUCGCGGCCGUCGCCGUUCAGGUGAUGGCACCGUGGUCUAUCUUCUCUCCCAGCUACGGCAGCCCAACUUGCUGGAUCGGCACGUUCUGGGGCCUCACCGUGUACUUUCUAAUUCCCAUGGCGACGCUUCUGUUGCUGUGCAUGUUCUUUUAUUUUUCGGCCGUGUUCUACAUUCGGAGCACAUCCACUGCCGCGCGCCCUUCGCGCGAUGACUCAGAGCCCAGUGGAGAGGCAGGCAGUCGAGUCCGGCAGCAGAGACACCAUGCCGCACUCUUUGCUCGUCUUGCUCUCAUCAUGGGUGCCGCCUGGGCCGUCGCAUUUCUGGGAACGUUUAUGCCUUACGAGGAAAUCGACUCGAUUGUUAACGCACUGGUGGGUUUGCAAGGGGCGUACUUGUUUUUCGCGUUCAAAGACUACCGCUACUUGUACUCCUCGAUGACGACGCGGUGGAAGUCGAUGCCCAUCUACAGCAGCAGCCACAGGACAUCGAGCUUGGACGUCUCAUCUAAAAAGUCCCGCCUCUCCAGAUAGAAGUGACAGCAAUGCGUGCGAACUUUACAGUGGUACUCCUGCGGCUCUCAUGUUUUAUACCUUAAAUAGUUUGAUGUCGCCGAGCUAUCUGACCAUUCGACAUUACCAGCGGUGAACACUGGGAUACCUGCCUAAAGAUUGUGUAAAUACACCGAAAUUCUGCGCUUACGUUUUGAAAUAAUUUAAACGUGAUAGUGAACUUGAGUGCAGUCAGACGGCCCCCCAUCGGCCUCUGCUUCUUAUGAACGAAUAAAAUAUUUAUCAUGAAUAA